AUGAAUAAGCCUCACCCAAACCCAAAGUUGAAUAAUCUAUCCAUGAAGGAACGAGAGAAUGGAAUUCACGACUUGCAUGGUGUGGCCGAUAUCCCUCAGGAGAAUGGGGCUCUUGUUCGAAGCACUCUUGAGCAACUACGCAAGCAGCUCAGCCUAAAUGACUCCGUUGCAAUUGACGACUCUGAACUUAUAAAAUUUCUGAGAGCAGAAAACUUUGAUACUCCCAAGGCCUGUGGUAGGCUUAAUCGGUUCUCGACCUUUCAAACGAAGCUCUUUGGCAAGCAUGGCAGGAUGAGGGUCUCCGAGCUGGAUGAGGAGGAUUCCAAGAUUCUACAAAGUGGAUCCAUGCAGCUGCUUCCAGAAAGAGACAAUGCUGGUAGAGCCAUCAUUAUGUGUCUUGGAGCGAUGAAGCAACAGUUGAAGACAUCACUUGAAUCAGAUCUUCGAUGUUUGUCCCUCCUCGUGUCCAAGGCCGCCAAAGAUGAAGAGACUCAAAAGCGUGGAGUAGUUGUAGUCUAUUACGCCCUGGCACAAAGGGCAUACGAUGGUCGCAACAACCGCCCGGUCCAAUUACUCAAAGCCUUUGAAUCGCUACCAGCGCGAGUGGUCGCGACACACUUUUGCUAUGACAAUUCAGCCAUGAAGCCUUUAUUGAAUCUACUUUCCAACCACAUGGAAACCAAAAUGCUGUGCCGCUUCCGAAGUCACUAUGGCCAACAUGCUGAAUGCCAAUACAGCCUCAUGUCAUUUGGCAUCCCCAAAGAGUGUCUUCCCAUUGAUGCCUUCGGCCAAGUCGAUCUUACCAACCACCAGAUGUUGCUCAAGAGAAUCAAACUUGAAGAAGAACAACACCCGCCGGGUACCACCGACAGCGGGCACAAUCCCGUGGCGGAAGGAAAGAUAAAAGCAGAGAAAUUUUUAAUCCCCGGAUAUUUGGAUAUCAUUCUUGGACGAGGACAACACGCUAAGAACACACCAGGUCAUCAACGGUUCAAGCAACUAAUAGAAGCUCAACAACCUCGUUACGAAGCGGCUGAGAAAUCUCUAAAAACAGUCGUAGCGGAUGCUAUUUUAAAGGAGCUCAAGGAGGCAGGAUGCCGAUUCUUGAAACCUCGCCCACAAGGUGGCUGGGUGCAAGUUAAUGACGACGCUGGCAGGGAAAAAAUCAACCAUGCAUUCCGUAACCUACGAAAUAACUCCAGGAGAGCAGCAGCAGCAGCAGCUUCCACCACUCAGUCAUGUUCGAGGAAACGAGCCUUUGAGGAUGAUUUGGAUUCUGAAAUGUAUCGCCCUUUCAAACUGACAGCAGACUUUUCGGCUUCGGAUUUCUUUCCUCUUUAG